ACCAAAUUUUCCUUUUCUUUAGUCUUCUAACUUAUUUUUGCACAAAUUUGUUUGCACUUGAAAUGAUUUGAUCAAAAACUGAACGAUCCCAGAGAUUUUCAUACCAAAAUAAGUAAUGGCAGCUCAAUCUCUUCUUUCUUCAAGCUUCAACUUCAAAGGUGAUGAACAUGGCUUCAGGGUUUGUAAAUCGAAGAGUAAGCCAUUGCACUUUGUGAAGGUUUCCUCUGGCCAUAAAGUAAGAGCACAGGCUGCUACGAAUGCUGAUUCGAGAGGAAUUGAAAUCCCAAAACAUUGGUACAAUAUAAUUGCUGAUCUUUCCGUUAAACCUGCUCCGCCCCUAAAUCCUCGUACUUUUGAGCCUGUUAAACCUGAGGAUUUGGCACCCCUCUUCCCAGAAGAGUUGAUCAAGCAAGAAGUGAGCAGCGAAAGAUUUAUUGAAAUACCCGAAGAGGUUCUUGAUGUUUAUAGCUUAUGGAGACCAACUCCUCUAAUCAGAGCUAAGAGAUUGGAGAAGCUCCUUGGAACUCCUGCAAGGAUUUAUUACAAGUAUGAAGGUGUUAGCCCUGCAGGAUCUCAUAAACCUAACAGUGCAGUGCCACAAGCUUGGUAUAACGCGCAAGAAGGUGUCAAAAAAAUUGUGACUGAAACUGGAGCUGGUCAAUGGGGUAGUGCCCUUGCCUUUGCUUGCAGCAUAUUCAACCUAGACUGUGAGGUGUGGCAAGUUCGUGCCUCGUAUGACUCAAAACCUUAUAGGAAACUGAUGAUGCAAACAUGGGGUGCCAAGGUUCAUCCAUCACCAUCUGAGUUAACUGAGGCAGGCCGUAGAAUUCUCGAAUCAGAUCCUUUGAGCCCUGGUAGUCUAGGAAUAGCAAUAUCAGAAGCUGUAGAGGUUGCUGCCAAAAAUCCCGAUACAAAAUACUGUCUAGGAAGUGUGCUUAACCAUGUCCUGCUACACCAGACUGUUAUAGGCGAGGAAUGCAUAAAACAGAUGGAAGCAUUUGGUGAGACCCCCGAUGUGAUUAUUGGGUGUACUGGUGGAGGGUCCAACUUUGGAGGGUUAUGUUUCCCUUUUAUUAGAGAAAAGCUGAGUGGUAAAAUGAAUCCUCUCAUAAGAGCUGUUGAGCCUACUGCUUGCCCUUCCUUAACCAAAGGCGUUUUUGCUUAUGACUAUGGGGAUACGGCUGGGAUGACUCCAUUGCUGAAGAUGCAUACUCUUGGUCAUGAUUUCAUUCCAGAUCCUAUUCAUGCUGGUGGACUGCGUUACCAUGGUAUGGCACCACUGAUUUCACAUGCAUAUGAAUUGGGUUUGAUGGAAGCGGUGGCUAUUCCGCAAACUGAAUGCUUCCAAGGAGCCAUUCAAUUUGCAAGGUCUGAAGGACUGAUCCCCGCACCAGAACCAACUCAUGCCAUAGCUGCUGUAAUCAGGGAAGCUCUCCAUUGCAAAGAGACGGGAGAAUCCAAAGUAAUUCUGAUGGCAAUGUGUGGACAUGGCCACUUUGACUUACCAGCUUACGACAACUUUUUACAAGGAAAUUUGGUCGAUCUGUCCUUUUCCGAGGAGAAAAUACGAGAAUCACUUUCCAAAGUCCCCCAAAUUGUGUCUUGAUAAGCUGAAUCCUUCCUUACAAGCAAGGUUGCUGCCGCCCACCUGCGAUAUGUAAUAAGCACUUUUUGACAGUACAUGACUGCAGCGCUUGGAGAAACCAAAGCAAUGCAAUGUGCUACUACUGCAGCACUUGUGAAGAGGGGUUUGUUAGCCAACUCGCAGUAUUGUGGCAAAGGUUGUUUCCUGGGAUGGUUGUACUGCUUCUCAUCCUCAUCACUGUAUUCAUUCUCGGUUGCCGGGUUUUCAGACAGAACAAGGCGGAUCAUUAUAAGAGACUUUAUGAAACUGCCAAGCCUUAAACUUCAACUCAGAUACUUGUAGUUUUUUUUUUUAUAUAUAAGAGAUAAAUUGUAGUUUUUUUUUCAUAAGAGAUACUUGUAGAUCUGUAGAACCCUUUUGGAUACCGUUUUUUAUUUAUCACUGAUGUACUUCUGCCCCUGAAAUUGUGUGUAUUUGAUUCAAUUUUGGGUAAUAUAUCUUUAAAUGGUCUCCUCCGGCCCUGUUUAAGGUGUUA